AUGAUGGUAUCGUUUGGUGUGGUCUCAUUAUUCACCUCCAUUCCCACCGACCUUGCCAUUAGCACCAUUUACAAGCUUCUUCAGGAGAAGUACGAUGAAACUGAUCAACGGCUUAGACGAACGCACAUCAUCGAACGCCCGGAAUUGUGCCUCAGAACUUUCUUCACUUUCAACAACUGGGUUUACGAGCAAAAGAAGGGAACGUCCAUGGGCUCUUCGCUGUCUCUAUUGAUUGCCAAGGCUGUUCUGCUGAGGCUCGAGCAACUGGUCUUCCGUUCGUACUCCCCAAAAUUCUGGGCCAGAUACGUCGACGACACAUUUGUCGUAAUCAAGAGGCACGACGUCCAGGACUUCAAAGUCUUGUUGAACUCAAUAUUCCCCGACAUCCAAUUCACAAUGGAGGAGGAGGACAACAACCAGUUGCCCUUCCUUGACGUAAACAUCACAAGGAUGGCUAAUGGGGGGACCAGAACUACGGUAUACCGAAAGGCAACGAAUACUAGACGCAUCCUCCAAUUCCGGAGUAACCACCCCAUCGGUCACAAACGCAGUUGUGUCAGAGCUCUUUUCCAACGAGUUCAAACACACUGAAAUGACAACGACGGGAGAAGAAAGGAAACGAAAUACUUACAUUCCCUAUCCACAGACAAUGGUUACCCACGAUCCCUCAUACGAGAAUGCUGAAGAGGACUUAACCGCGAACGAUCUCACGCUGCGAAGCCGAAGUUCUGGCUCGCAGUCCCCUAUAUAAGAAAUGUUUCUGAGGCGACAGCAAGAAUCCUGAGCCCUUUUGGGAUUGGGUGGCCCAUAAACCGGAAUCCACCAUCAGGCACCAGAUAAUGAGGCCCAAAGACCAGCUACCUGCAACGGAACAAUCAGAAGCGGUCUACAGCAUACUGUGCCAAGAUUGCAGUACGAGGUAUGUUGAUGAAACGGGCAAACGCCUCUGCACAAGAUUGCAGGAGCAUCAGCUUGCAGUCAACCACGAGGAUAAGCUGCCACUGGCAAAUGGCCACAUACAACAGGAGAAGCACAGUUUCGCCUUUGGGGAGGCAAGCGUCAUCGACCGAGCCAGCGACAAGAUGGCCUGACUGGUUCUCGAAAGUUUGUUCUCAGUUGACACAAUCAACCGAACCAUUGAUCUUUAUCUGGCCUACCAGGUUCUUCGUACGAGGCUCCAGUCAGUUCGGACGGGGCCGACAGCACUGGCAAACAAAUCGCGGUUCUCUCAACAGUUGUCACCCUCACGGCAGGGAAAAAGAGCCAGCCGGCCGUCAGUCUACCGACGCGAGACAUCGACCCACCGACGCGCCCAAACAGCCAACCGCGAUUCCCACGUGCAACAACAGUUGAUCAGCUCGUCAGAUUAUGGGAGGAGGGUCCGCAUGCACACGGACCUAGCAGCGACAACGGCGGCCGGACAGGGGGCAGAGGCCACACCAGCGCCCCAGCGGUCGGCAACGGAGAGACCUAA